AGGGGGAGUGGAGGGUCAGUCUUGUCUAGCAAAUGAGAAAACGAAAAAGCGGGGAGUCCGACGGGGGACUUUUACGUCAACCAUGCCAUGUGGGCGUGAAGCACCAUGAGAGAGAGAGAGAGAGAGAGAGAGAGAGAGAGAGAUUACCGCACUCCUUUAACGGGGUGCACCAUUUCACUCCGCUCCACUGUGCGCGUAAAAAAGGCAACACGCACCAAAAAAAAGCAGAGAGGGAGAGUAAGAAAUCUAGAGAGACACACACAGAGAAAGAAAGAGAGUCCUUGAAUUGCCACUUGAAACAAUCGGCUAUGUCCUGCGCUCAGUUUUUGCAAUCUUUUCCUUGUACAACUAUCUAAAGGUAGGCACACUCUCAUGGUUCUACUCCCGUAGGAUGGGAUUAACUUUGUCCGGAAGAUACAUCUCACUGGUGCUUGCUGUACAAAUAGCAUAUUUGCUCCAGACGGUUGGAGCGACGGGGAAAUGUGACACCGUGUUUAAGGGCUUCUCAAACUGCCUGCUUCAGCUGGGAGAGAACAUGGCCAACUAUCCACAGGAGCUGGGUGAGAAGGAGAACCUGCAAACUAUCUGCGGAUAUUGGGAAGACUUCCAUGCGUGUGCCACCACAGCACUGGCAGACUGCCAGGAGGGAGCGACAGAGCUGUGGGAGAAACUCAAGAAGCAGUCGAGAAACCUUGAGUUUAAAGGCAGUUUGUUUGAACUGUGCGCUGGAGGGAAUGAUGCGAGCACACCUUCAGUGUCUCUGAGCGGCCUCCCCCUGCUGCUCAGCUCCAUCUCCACCCUGCUCACAUGGAUCCAGUUUUAGCGGCCAACACCAAAUCCAGAAGAUCCACAACACAAAGACAUUUUUAGCUCACAUGAAAAGAAGAGUAUGGGAAACCUUGGGUGGGGAAGGGGAAAACACACACACAAGAAUGAGUGCUCUAUCACCACGACCAUAUGAAGAAAAUGAAAUAAUAGCAGAAAAUAUGAAGAUCAGAAACCAUCUUCAGCCAAAAUGGAUUUAUUACUAUAGCUACAGCGCUUCAUCCGGAGAAGACGACUUGAUUUUGCUGUAGACAAUGGCAAUAAGGCGUCUUCAGGGAAUGCUCCAUCUGCCUGACCUGGGAGUCCACUUCAUCAAAUAUUUAACAGAUUGAAAAUCACUGUUUUUUUUUAUUUGUUUUUUUUAAAUGAUGAUGAUGAUGAAUUUGUGGAAUUACAUUAAUGCCUACAAUGAAGUAAUUAUUACUGUAGGCUUUAUAAUCUAAUCUAUCAUGCAUAGAGAAAUUAAAUUUCCUCUUACACACACGCACACACACGAGCCAAAUUACACUCAGUCUCAGUUUCCACUGAAAGGUGUUGUUCUGUUCUGGGUUGUUGUUUUUUUUUUGUCAAAUCUUUGGAUUUAUUUAUUUAUUUUUAGUAAUUUACAACGCCACGAUCAUGGAUGUAUAGUUGUGAUGGAGAAACAGCCUGUGUGAUGUUUUGACCUGUAAACAAGGCUGAAUCACCACUGUAGGAAAAAAAAAAGCUAGGGAAGGAAAAAACACUCCAUCUUGAAUAAUGGUAGAUUGAUAAAAAGCACCAUUAUUAAUAAUAAUAAUAAUAAUAAUAAUAAUAAUAAUAAUAAUAAUAAUAAUAAUAAAACCUCAGGAAUGAUUUUAGGCAUUUAAAUGGAGAGUUCAAUCAAACAGGCGAAUGCAGCUAACAGUGAAUGAAAGCUAGGACUUUAGGUGGCAGUUAUCAUGAAUGUAUGUAGCCUAUUUGCUUAAUGCUAAUUGGUGGCUAUUCGCUUUCAUACACUGUUAGCAACAUUAGCAUUUUUUUUUUUGAUGGAAUUAUUCUUGAAUCGAUAGUAGAUUGUAUGUUCCCUAAAGAGAGGAAACUGAGGGAGAUGUUAGGGGGAAAGAUGCUAAACAUGUCAAAUGUAGCGAGAGAAAAAAAAUGGUGAAUGAUUAGACUGUUGACCAGUGUUUCAACCAUUCAAAUAUUUAUUUAUUUAUUUAUUUAUUUAAAAACAAAAUGUAUUUAACGGGACGGGGUAUUUAGGUUAUGAGAAAUAGAAGAGAACUACGUCCAAAACCGCAUACCACCGUACAAAAAAAAAAUAAUAAUAAAAAUAUUUUUUUCCUUUAAAAUGCGCAAUUAAAUGUUAUGACGUCAUAAUCCGAGUAGGUUGUGUGUAGUUUACAUCUGAGAUAUUUGUAUUUUCAAGCUUAAGAUUGUCAUUUGAAAUGGUGACUAUUACGUUUUUCUUUUCUUUUCUUCUAUGUGUUCUGUAUUUAUUUUAUUUUCCACAAUUAUAAAGUAAUAAUUAAAAAAAAAAACCGCCAGCAUGUCAAACCAGUGCACCACUGCGUAGAUUUAUUUUUCACGCAUGCGCAGUACACUAAAGUCAAAUCCCAUGUAGUACAGUAGUAUGCAGUUUUGGCCGUAGGAUAAAGUAGCAUGAAAUCACCGAGGAUGUGAAUUCAUCAGCUGGAUAACGGGGAUAAAGUGAAGUUAUUUAGCUGUAGGCUGCUAUCUAAUGUUGCCAAGGCAUCUUGUUUCACUGCCUUCAAAAAAAAGGGAAAAAAAGAAAAAAAAAAGAAAACCAACACCAACAACGUGUAUUUUAUUUGUUCGUUCGUUCGUUUUGUUUCUCCAGGGGAUGUUGCAUAUAAAUAUAUAAAUAUUCCAAAAAUCAUACAAAUAUAAAUAAGAGACGAAUUAUGUGAGUAGAAUUUGAGAUAAAGAGAGGCUACUUUAACAGAAAGCAUUUUAAAACAGAUUGAUAUACAGGUAUAUAAAAGAUU